AGAACAGAAUCAAGAAUAGUUUUUUUUGUUUGUUUGUUUGUAGUUAAUCCUCUAUGAUCCUCUCAAAUCUAUCGAUCUCUCACCCGUAAUAAAAUUCGGAGAAAGAGGAAAACCCUAAUCCCCUCUUUCUCUCGGAUCAUCAGGAAAACAACAACAACAAAAAAUAUAGUAUAUUAUUAUUUUACAAAUGAAAAUGAGGAAGCUUUGUCCGAAUUUGGACAGAGAAGAUGGGUUAGAGACGGUGUUAGAGGUUCCGGUGCCGGAAGAAAUGUUUACGAAGAUGGGAAGCAACGCGACGGGGCGGUGGAGGAAUAUGCACGCUCUCAUGAAGGCACACGCCGUCGUGACAGCAGUCGCGGCUGACGUUAGAACGCCGGCGUCGUCGUCGUCGAUGAGCAAUGUCAAUAUGCAUUUGCAGUCAAAAUCAGAUAACGAGUUUGUUGCGUUAUUGAAGAUCGUGGGAAGUCCUCUCAUUCCUUUUCAUGUCCCUCUCGAGUUCUGUCUCUCCAGGCCCAUCAACGACACUUCCAUCGAGGCGUCGACGGCUAAGUACAUAGUGCAACAGUACGUGGCGGCGUGCGGAGGUCCAGCAGCUUUGAACGCGGUGAAGAGCAUGUACGCGGUGGGGCAGGUGAGGAUGCAAGGCUCCGAGAUGGUUGCUGGACAGGACGAAGGGACGACGACUACGCCGGUACGGCUGGGAAAAGGUAAUUUCGAGGUCGGAGGUUUUGUUUUAUGGCAGAAGAAUCCAAACCUUUGGUUCUUGGAGCUGGUGGUUUCCGGUUUCAAGAUUAGUGCCGGUAGUGACGGCAAAGUGGCUUGGAACCAAUCUUCCACCCAACCUUCUCAGGCUCACCGUGGCCCUCCUCGUCCUCUCCGCCGUUUUUUUCAGGGACUAGACCCGAGGUGCACGGCGAGUCUGUUCUUAGACGCCGUUUGCAUCGGCGAACAAAGCGUCAACGGCGAAGAUUGCUUCGUCUUAAAGCUAGAGACGCCAGCAGAUAUUCUCAAGGCGCAAUGUUCGCCGAACACGGAGGUGAUCCAUCACACGGUUUGGGGAUACUUCGGCCAACGGACGGGAUUACUCGUAAAGUUCGGUGACACAAAGCUCGUGAGAGUCAAAUCCGUUAGGGGCAAAAGCGACGGCGUUUUCUGGGAGACAAGCAUGGAGUCGAUCAUCGACGAUUACAUGUUCGUUGACUCUGUCAACAUAGCGCACGGUGGUCGAACCUUGACCACGCUAUAUCGCUACGGCGGUGCGGUUAACCACCGGAGACGGAUCGAGGAGAAAUGGCGGAUCGAGGAAGUCGAUUUUAAUAUUUGUGGUUUGUGUUUGGAGAGCUUCUUGCCACCGUCGGAUAUGAGCAAUGAUCAUUAGGUACGGUCGAGAUCCUUAGCCCGUGUCUUUCUCUUUUCUUGUUAUAUGGAUCUAUUUCUAAAAAAGUAGGUUUCUUCAAGAAGAAAAAAAAAUAGAGAUAAACUUGAUACGUGGGGGUUGUUUGAUUUGGGUCAAAAAAAAAAAGGAAUAGAUAUGUAAUUUUAAGGUGGGGCGAUUGAGAGGGUGUAAAUGAAAUAUCAAUUGUAAAAAAACUUUUUAGUCGCCAUGAAUUUUUUUUAUGGGUUUUCUAUAACUCGAUAACUGACUUCAUCGAACUAGUAGAAGAAGAUGUUUACAC